AUGUGUCAGCUCUUCGAAUCCGAAGAUCCUGGAUCGAUGGAGGCAAUGCAAGAAAUGCAUAAUGAGCUUGUUGCUUAUUAUAAAGAGCACAAUCUAACUGAAAUGUGGAUAUCGGAUGACGAGAAUGACAGUAAUGAAACGAAAGCUCCGGUGUCCAAAAAACUGCAUCAUGAUUACGGCAAAGGUUUAACUUGA